AUGGUGCCAAAUGUUUUGGCGUUUUAUGAUAAAAAUGGACCCGUAAUAGUUCUUAACGAAGAUAAUUGGUUGAAAGAAGUUUUGACGACAGAACAUAUUGUCGUCGUAGAAUUUUUCGCGCCUUGGUGUGGGCAUUCGCCGGAAUACAAAAAAGCCGCUGAGAAUCUUAAAGGUCUGGUGAAAGUAGGAGCCGUGGACUGUAAUGAUCAAAUGAAUAAAAAUGUAUGCAACGCGUACCAAAUCAAAGGUUUCCCGACAAUCAAACUUUUCCCAAGUAAAUUAAGCCCAGUAAGUCAAGAGCCAGGAAAAGUCUACAAGUCAGCUAAAGAUUAUAAUGGACCACGAACUGCAAAAGGAAUUGUUGAUUUCGCUAUUCCCGAGAUACCUUCCUUUGUGCAACUUAUAUCCGAAAAAUAUACAACGGAUAAAACAUUGACGAUCGAAGAAUUUUUGAAUAAAAAAAAUAAGACGAUAUCAAAAGCAAUACUCUUUACCAGCAAGGAUAAAACAACUCCCUUGUACAAAGCAUUAUCAAUUGAUUUUAAAAAGAGAUUAUCAUUGGGGGAAGUAAGAAAGCGUGAGAAAAAUAUUAUUGAUAAAUUUAAUAUAAAAAAAUUUCCAACUUUGAUAGUUAUAACUAAAGAAACCAAUGAAAUUAUUGAGUAUGAAGUCAACCCAGAAAUAAUUGAAAUUCAUAAUCAAUCCCAACUUGAAUCUGAAUGUCUUUCCAAACCUACCGGAAUUUGUUUUUUCACUUUCUUAGUAUUAGAGCCAGAAUUCAAUGAAUCUAUAACUGAACAUGAAUAUAAUCUUUCAAUUCUUAAAAAAGUUAAAGAAAGUAUUCACAAACAACACAUAGAUGAUACAAUUAACCUUAGAUUUAUGUGGUUCAAUGCAUUGAAAGAGGAAUCAAAGAAAUUAAUUAAUUUGCUUAAAUUAGCAGAUGUAUUUCCUAAUUUAGUGGCAUUAAAUCCAAAUCGUAAAGUUUAUAAACCGUAUCUGGGACCUUAUGAAGAAGAAAGAAUUGAAAAUUUUUUGAAAGAAGUAAUUAAGGGUAAAGGAAAGAAUUAUUAUCCAUAUGAAUUUGAUAUUGAUAUUGAUGUUCAAAAGAGAGAUGAAGAAAAGAAAGAAGAGUUAAAGAUUGAAAAGAGUGAGGAGGAAGAAGAGGUAGAGAAAAGAGAUGAAGAAAAGAAAGAAGAGGAAAAGAGUGAGGAAGAAGAGGAAAAGAGUGAGGAGGAGGAAGAAGAGGUAGAGAAAAGAGAUGAAGAAAAGAAAGAAGAGGAAAAGAGUGAGGAAGAAGAGGUAGAGAAAAGAGAUGAUGAAGAAAAGAAAGAAGAGGAAAAGAGUGAGGAAGAAGAGGAAAAGAGCGAGGAGGAAGAAGAGGUAGAGAAAAGAGAUGAAGAAAAGAAAGAAGAGAAGAUAAAGAUAGAAAAGAGUGAGGAAGAAGAGGAAGAGAAAAAGAGUGAAGAAAAAACUGAUGAAAAGAAAAAACAUGAUGAAUUGUAG